AUGUCUGACUCAGACCUCAUGAAGGAUGGGGGACCGGCCAUCAGGAGCCCCGAAUGCCGUUCGUCUCCGACUCCUCGAAUGGAGUUCCGCGGCUCCUUCAAAGUGGGGGAGCGCUCGCCGAAUGUCACAGAGAAGGUCACACAGGUUCUCUCUUUGGAGUCUGAUGUGCUGCCUGAAUACAAACUCCAGGUACCAGAAACGACAUGGUGGAUCUUGCUUCACUACAGCCCCUUUAAGGCAUUUUGGGACUGGAUUAUUCUCCUUCUGGUCCUCUACACAGCUGUUAUUACUCCUUACUCAGCUGCCUUCCUGUUGGAUGAACAUGGGAAUUUACGCCAAAGGAGUUGUGGCUACACAUGUAACCCUCUAAAUGUGGCAGAUCUUAUGGUGGACGUGUUGUUUAUUGUGGAUAUAAUCAUCAACCUUCGGACGACCUAUGUGGACCAAAAUGACGAGGUAGUCACGCAGCCGAGCCAGAUAGCAAAGCAUUACAUCAAAGGCUGGUUCCCUAUUGAUCUGUUUGCAGCAAUCCCGUUUGACCUUCUCAUUUUCAGAUCAAGCUCGGAUGAGAUGGCAACCUUAACAAGCCUCCUGAAAACAGCUCGGCUAUUGCGAUUGGUCCGUGUGGCAAGAAAGCUUGACCGAUAUUCUGAAUAUGGUGCUGCUGUCCUCUUCUUGCUCAUGUGCACCUUUGUACUCAUCGCCCAUUGGCUUGCGUGCAUAUGGUACGCCAUUGGCUUUGUGGAGAGGCCAUACACUGAGACUGGUUGGCUGGACAACCUUGCUGAGCAACUUGGAAAGGCGUAUAAUGAAACCGACUCCAGCUCUGGUCCUUCAGUCAAAGACAAGUACGUCACAGCUCUGUACUUCACCCUGAGCAGUUUGACCAGUGUGGGGUUCGGUAAUGUGUCUCCAAACACGAACUCAGAGAAGAUCUUCUCCAUCUGUGUCAUGGUCAUUGGAUCUCUCAUGUACGCCAGCAUAUUUGGCAAUGUAUCUGCCAUAAUCCAGCGGCUGUACACUGGUACAACCCGGUACCACACCCAGAUGCUGAGAGUCAAAGAGUUUAUCCGCUUCCAUCAGAUUCCAGGUAGUCUGCGCCAACGACUAGAGGAGUAUUUCCAGCAUGCAUGGACAUACACAAACGGCAUAGACAUGAAUGCUGUGUUAAAGGGAUUUCCAGAGUCUCUGCAGGCAGACAUCUGUUUGCACUUGCACCGCUCUCUGCUACAGAACUGCAAGGCUUUCCGAGGAGGCAGCCAAGCAUGUCUCCGUGCCUUAUCUGUGAGAUUCAAGACAGUCCAUGCACCUCCCGGAGAUACUCUGAUUCACUAUGGAGACAUCCUCGACUCUCUCUUCUUCAUCUCACAUGGUUCCAUCCAGGUCACCAGAGAUGAUGUAGUGGUGGCCAUAUUAGAGAAGAAUGACAUCUUUGGUGAGCAUAUCCACCUUUAUGAUGAGCCAGGGAAAUCAAGUUCAGACGUACACUCCAUCACCUACUGUGACCUGCACCGCAUCCUUAGGGAUGACCUUCUUGAGGUCCUGGAUAUGUACCCAAGCUUUGCAGACAACUUCUGGAGGAACCUGGAGAUAACAUUUGACCUGAGAGAUGCUGAUCAAGAGCCACCACUAAUAAUAGCUGAAGAUUCUGGUGAUGACUGUGAAUACCACCACAAACCAAGAUGCAAAAUACACUCACUGGACUGCAGAAAUAGGCCAGUUGAGCCAUCUCUGGCUGCCUGA